AUGGCAGCGGGCAAGGGCGAGCAUGGCGGGGGUAGUGGCGGUGGGCGGGUGCCGUUGGAGGUACCACUUGAAAAGGGAAGAGACGAUGAAUUUGCCGACUACUUUGCCAAGGUUGAGCCAAGCCAACAGCAGCUUAUCAUGGCCUGCCGAGAUCGGGAUGGCUUUAGCAAUUUUCACAAGGCUUGUAUCCUUGGCCUCUGCCGCACUGUGCGGCUGAUGCUCCGCUGCGGGGCCCACGUCAAUGAAGUCAACAAACUCAAUUGGACCCCUCUCUUCUCGAGCUGCAGCGUCAAUGUGGACAUGGACAUGGUCCUGCUGCUGCUGGCAGCGGGCGCCGACCCGAAUAUCAAGACCGUGACGCAAAUGGCUCCGCUGCACAUGGCCAUGAGUAAUGGUCCCAUCGAGCUGGCCGAAGCUCUUUUGGACGCCGGGGCCAACCCCAACGUCACUCAAGAGGUAGGAAGACUUGGUCCUCCGUCUGAUGGCGAGGCAACGAACGCCAUUAUCGAGCGUCCUGCUUAUCCCUAUCUCUUGGCGCAGAGUGGAAAUACGCCGCUGCACAUCUUGACGUGGGACAACGAUGGCCAAGUCGGGGAGCGCGAGCGCCAGCUCUACCGUCUCAUGAUCAGCCAAGGCAGUGAUCCCUUGUGCGAGGAUGUGUUUGGCGUUUUCGCCUUGCACCAAUGCCCCGCAGCGGCGCGUGACAUUUUCGUUGAGCUCGGAGCUUCGGUGCUGCGAGCUCGACUAGCUGUUCUGUGGACCGUGGGCGAACUGGCGCGUGACUCUGGCACCAGACCCGAUGUUGACUUUCCCUGGGAAUGGGUAUCCCGCCAAGAGCUCACCGAGCGAGCCGUGCACCAGCUCAACGGCCGCCUCGAGCCCGGCGAUGACUGA